AUGCCAUCAACUUCCCUAAUCAAAUCCCUCGUUGAGACCCACAAAUUCCUGCAAUCUCUUACCCUUUUCAAGAAUGUUAAAUCAAUUAUUUCCUGUUCAAAUUCUGACCCAUUUGCCAUCCCGUUUCUUCUUAAAUCUUGCAUUAAGAUUUCCCAUCAAAAUCUCGGGAAGUGCUAUCAUGGGUUUGUUUUAAAAAGUGGAUUUGUGGCUUCAAUUGAUAUCAACACUAGCUUGAUUCAUCUUUACUUAAAAUUCGGCAAAAAUGUAAAUGCAUAUCAACUGUUCGAGGAAAUGUCCACCAGAGAUAGAAAAUAUUUUGACUUUGUAAUUCGUGGAUUCGGGUCUGCUCGGCUAUUCGAGGAGACGCUGGUUGUUUUUGAGGAGGGGAUUAAAUCGGGUUUUACACCAUGUUUGGAAUCAGUUCGGCAAGCCAUAGUUGCCUGUGGUGAAUUGAGAAUAUUGGAGAAGGGGAGGUGUGUGCAUGAUUUCGUUGUUCAUAAUGGGUUAGUGAAGAGUGUUUAUAUUUGCAAUUUGUUGAUCUCAAUGUAUGUCAAGAUGCGCGAGCUAGACUUGGCGUGUUGUACUUUUAAUGCGAUGGAAGAGAGAGACUUGGUUUCUUGGAACACGUUGAUCACAGGAUAUGCACAAUCUGGGAAUUGGAUGAAAGCUUUCGAUAUUUUCCUGGCCAAGAAGGAGUGUGGAGAUAUUAUUCACAACAAUGUUACUCUUCUUGGUUUGGCUUUUGCUUGUGGUCAGGCUGGACAUCUUGAGCAAGGAAUGAGUGUUCACGGACAUUGCAUUCGAGCUGGGUUAUUGUCUGAUUUUCGUUUAGGGACAGCCAUUCUUGACAUGUAUGCUAAGUGUGGGAAUAUUGAGUGUGCAGAAAUGUUAUUUGAAGAAGAUAUGUUUGAGAAGAGUUUGGUUUCCUGGAAUUCACUGAUUUCCGGAUAUUCAAAAGCUGCCUAUUAUCAUAGGGCAGUGAAUUUUUUCAACAAAGUGCGUAUGCAUUCAAAUUUUAAGCCUGAUCCAUUCACUCUUGCAAACAUCAUACCUGCGUAUUCCAAUGUAGAAAAUAUUGAAGGAAUAAGGUUAAUCCAUGCACUAAUUUUGAAGAAAGGCUUCAAUAUGGGAUCUGAUGUCGUCCUAGGUACUGCUAUGAUAGACGCAUAUGGAAAAUGUUCUGAUGUAGCAUCAGCUGAGGGGUUGUUUUAUGGAAUCGAAGAGGCUGAUACUCCUACAUGGAAUACGAUGCUUACAGGAUAUUAUUUAGAUAAUAAUGCUGAUCAGGGCAUGCAGCUUUUUAAAAAAAUGCUUCACAGACAGAUUUCACCUGACUGGAUCACUAUAACCUUACUUCUGCAAAUGUGUGGCCUGCUAGGAUCAUUGAAGCUAGGAAGUAUGGCUCAUGGGUAUGGACUAGUUAAAGGCUUUUCUUCUAUUCUCAUGGUUGAAAAUGCACUUCUGGACAUGUACAUAAGGUGCAAAUCUAUGGAGAACUCGGAAAAGCUUUUUGCCCUAAUGAAUUUUACAAAUACCGUGACAUGGAAUACUAUGCUUUCUGGAUAUGUGAAAAUUGCUUCUUACUCCAGUACCAUGAAAAUGUUCUACCAAAUGCAGUUCGAAAGUGCGAGUUCACCUGAUCACCUGACAAUUAUCUCUGUUGUCCGAGCAUCUGCAGCCUCCUUAACUACUCAUGGUGCUGUUGUGGCUCAUGCAUAUAUUUUAAAACUUGGCUUUGAUUCUGAGACGAUGGUCAUGAAUUCACUGAUAGACGCGUAUGCAAAGAAUGGCUUUAUAGCCAGUGCAAGUUCUGUAUUUGUGCAUAUGGGUCAAAUCAGAGAUCAAUGGUCUUGGAAUGUAAUGAUUGCUGGAUAUGGAGUGAAUGGUCAGGCAGAAAAGGCGUGUAAACUUCUGUACCAGAUGAAUGGUUAUGGGUAUGAACCUGAUUUCAUUACGUUCACUGCUCUGCUUUCUUCUUGUGCCCAUUCUGGUAUGAUCGAUGAAGGUUGCAAGUAUUUUGAUCUAAUGGUAAAUAAAUACAAAAUUCAGCCAACUUUCGAGCAUUGGACAUGCAUCAUUAACAUGUUUGGAAGGGCUGGGAGAUUAGAAGAAGCGUAUAAGCUGGUAAUAAGUAGUCAGCUUCACAAUGUGAAUCCUUCUGAUUCUGCUGUCAUAUGGGGUGCUUUUAUGGAUGCCUGUAGAAUGUACAAUAACAUAGAACUUGGUGAAAUGGCUGGGAAAAAGCUACUGCAGAUGUCACCCCAAAACAGUGGAUAUCCUAUAUUGCUGUCUAAUUUAUAUGCUUCAACUAUGAGAUGGGAUGAAGCAAUGAACGUAAGAGAAGUAUUUAUGGAUGGAAGCUUGAUAAAGGAAACAGGUUAUAGUUCAGUCAGCAGGUAA